AUACAAAGAGGCCGGCCACGUACGACUUUUGUAAAAGAAAUAUUAAAUCAAAAUUUUAAACAAUAGCAAAAUGGUGAUAAAAAUGCUGGAGGAAGCAAAGGAAGAAGAUAGAAGACAGAAGACAGAAGAGAUGGGAAAUGAGAAUGGAGAAAGAAAGGGAGAGUUCAUAAACCAAAACAACAAUGACUUCUUCCUUGAUUCAAUGUCAAUGCUCUCCUCUCUCCCUCCUUGCUGGGACUCUUCUCUUCCCCCUCCUCAUCCUCCUCCUCCGCACUCUCUGACCGUCGACGCCUCUUUCCCCGACCAGUUCCAUCAACCUCAGGAGUCAGGUGGUCCAACAAUAGGCAGCCAAGAUGGGUUGCAGGGACAAGGGACAGUCUCGACCACGAGUGCACCUGUGGCUCGUCAAAAGCCAAGGGUGCGAGCUAGGAGAGGUCAAGCCACCGAUCCUCACAGCAUAGCUGAGCGGUUGAGAAGAGAACGCAUUGCAGAGCGUAUGAAGUCUCUUCAAGAACUGGUUCCCAACACCAACAAGACGGACAAGGCAUCGAUGCUGGACGAGAUCAUCGAGUAUGUUAGAUUCCUUCAGCUGCAAGUCAAGGUACUAAGCAUGAGCAGAUUGGGAGGUGCAGGUGCAGUUGGUCCACGCCUCAACGGUCUCACUUCCGAGGUAGGAGCACGGCUCAACGCCCUCUCUGGACCGUGCAAUGGCUUAAACGGGAAAGGAAACGCAACAGGAUCUUCCAACGAGAGCUUAAGGUCAACAGAAAAUAGGGUGGCAAAGCUGAUGGAAGAAGACAUGGGAUCUGCAAUGCAGUACCUUCAAGGGAAAGGGCUUUGCUUAAUGCCCAUCUCUCUCGCAACUGCAAUGUCAUCUACAUCUAAUCACUCUCGUGGAGCUCUCUUUAACCCCAAAUCCAAUGUGUUAGCAGCAGAGGAGGAAAAUGUAGCAGCAGUAGCUGCACCUGAAGACUCCUCUCCUAUGGAUGAUGUAUCUGCCUCCAAGGGCUAAACCACAGGAUCUCUCAUCAUGUGUUUCAUUUUUCCUGUCUUAAGUCAAAUGUUAUCUAUUUACUAUUUUAACUGUAAUGCAUUAAAUAAAUUUACAACACAGACAAGACAGAAACACUUGUAAUUGUACACAUAUACGUGUCUGGUUGUAGAUACAGAACAGAGGUGGUGGGGCAGGAAUAUAAGAGACGUGCAUUCCACGUCUUUCUCAGCUCGCGGUGUGUCAACGUUGCUAUCGUUUGUUCAACCGAAUGUAAGUGGAACCAGUAUAAUAUUGAAACACGUUAAAGCGUGGCAUUUUCUAUAAAUU